UAAUGAUUCAACAUUACAAAGUAACAUUCAAAUUUCAGCUAUAGACAAUAAUUUUUAUCAAAAUUCAGUUGAGUUUAAUUUAAAUUUAGAAGAAUCUUUGCAAGCCUAUCAAGAUUAUAAGAAUAAUUUAGAAAAUUAUAGUGACUUUGAUAAUAAUUUAAAAGUAGAUAAAUUUGGAAGUGGGUUUGAAUUAGAAAAUAGUUCAGGGCAUGAAAAUGAAUUGGUAUAUAAAUUAAAAAGUGGAGAUAAAUUAAAAGAUUGUGAUGAAUCAGUAAAUAGCUUGGAACACAGAAAUAAAUUUAAUGAUAGUGAUGAAUUGAUGAAUAGUCUGGAAAGUGAAAAUGAAGUUGAGAACAAUGAUAAAUUAGAGAAUAGUUUGGAACGCAAAAAUGAAUUUGAGAACAAUAAGAAUAGUUUAGAGUGUGGAAAUGAAUUUGAAGACAAUAAUGAAUCAGAGAAUAGUUUAAUGAGUAGAAGCAAAUUUGAGAACUAUAAUGAAUUAGGAAAUAGUUUAGAGGGUAGUGAUGAGUAUAUGAGCAGGCUUGAGUAUGAAAAUUCUAAUAAUGAGUCAGAAAAUGAUAGUAAUAAGUCAACUAUUACAAAUACAAGUAAUAUGGAUAUUGAAA